AUGUAUUGUCCGCCAACCUUCAAGCGGCUGACAUCCUUGUGGAUUGAUGGAGUCGAAGAUCACGAUGAAGUCGAUUAUCGCGAAGGACUCGAUUCUCGCGAUCGGGGCGAUGAUCGCGAUGAUAGCGAUGGGGGCGAUGGGGAAUGUCUUGCCCAGCUUCUCGACCGGUGCCCUGCAGGAUUGAGAGAGUUUUCCUUCUCACCUCGACUCGGCGACGACAGAUGGAGCUAUAGGAUCGGAGACAAAAUUGUUGAGGCGCUCCUCAAACAUGAUGCGACACUCGAGGUUGUCCGCAUAGGGGGUGACUAUGCGUGCGAUUGGCGGCAGAUCGAUCGGUUGCUUUGUUCACUUCCCAAGCUCAAGGAAAUCGAUUUUGAGUUCAAUUGUUUGACCAACCGUGGUGGACGAUUGGAGGCCAAGGCAGUUGCGGAUUCGGACUGGGUCUGUUUAGAUCUCGAAGUCUUUGGUUGUGCGAUCGAGGGCAUCCCUCGACCAGAGAUCCCUCGCACCCCGAUUAUAAAUGACAAGGUCAGGCAGGGAACACGUCAGGAGAGUCUUGACCUUCAGCGCCGGGUGUACACCAAACUCGCACGACUCACCAAGCUGCGAGAACUCAGGUUGAGCUCUCAGCUCGACGAAUGGACAGACGAGUACAGGAAGAUCAACAAGAGGCAUGUCUGGCAAUACGACUGCCUUUCGAUGACUCUGGAGAGUGGGCUGGACGUGCUGAAAGACCUUCGGAAUCUGCGCCUUGUUGUGCUGUGGUAUCUGGAGAACGGGAUUUCCAACGCAGAGGAAAAGGAAUGGGUUCAGACGAACUGGCCGCAAGUAGAGAUUAGGUUCAAGAAGUUUUAUCAAAGGCGUUGA